CUCCCAAUUUUAAACGCUUGUUAUAAAUAAUGUCCUUCUUAUCAACUCAUUACUCGCAUUAUUUUUGCUAGCACCAAAAACAUGCCAAGUAGCUCAUCAUCAUUACCAACACCAAACAACACUACCAACUCUUCAUCUUCUUCUUACUCCUUUGAGGAGUUCCUCCGCGGUUGGUAUCACCGCUUGGAACAACUCUCCGCCGAAGUCGCCGCCGCCAUCGCCACCAAAGAUGGCGAAGAAAUCAUGGUACAAGAGAUAGAAGCUAGGCAACUGAUAGCGCGUACUCUGGGGCAUUUCGAGGAGUACUAUGAGCAUAAGUCACGUGCCGCUCAUCACAAUGGUUUUGCUGUAUUUUAUCCAGCUUUUUGUUACUCCACCUUUGAAUGUGUUUUCUAUUGGAUCUCUGGGUUUCGGCCACGGGUUCUUCUUCACCUCCUUUCUGAUACAGUUCGAGACUUGUCCCCUCAACAGAUUCAUGCGCUUGACAGGCUAAAAAGAGAGACAAGGAUAAAUGAAAAGGCGGUAGAAGACGACCUAGCAAGGAUACAAGAGACGGUAGCAGCACCGCCCCUUAUGGAUGUCAUAAGAGAGGCUGCGUGGCUAAAUGAGGAGCAGUCGUUGAGAAUGAGAAAUGAUGAGCAUAUUGAUGAUUUAGAGGCGGCUUUUGAGACAGUCAUAGCAAAUGCCGACUCCUUGAGAGUGACGACCGGAGCCAAAAUAGCCGAGAUUCUGACGCCAACUCAAUGCUUGAGGUUCCUGGUAGCUGCUAUGAGACUCAUGCAAGAAAUGAGGUCUUCUGGGAUGGAAAGAGAUCGUCUUACUCUUGCUGCAGAAAGAUAACCCACCAACACAACAUAUAUAUAUAGGUUGAUGCUUGCUUUUGGUUUUUAAUACGUUUAUUAUCAAAUGAAAAAAAAAAAAAAAAAAAAGCUAGAUUUAAGGGGGAUUUUUUUUAUAAAAACUAAAAUAUAGUACUUGUGUAUGUUACUAUGGUUGUUGCUGACAUAUAGAUUGAGUUGGAUCGAUGAGAAAAUCAUCCAACAUCAUACGUCUGUUACAAUAAUCGUGACAUACGAUAUUUGAAACUUAUAUACUUGGUAUGAUAUUUCAAAGUGGUUUAUUAUUAGGUUGAUUA